AUGCAGAUCGUCACAUUGUCCAAGGCUAACCGCAACGGCAACGACGACGACGGCGCGUCCUGCGACGCCGACAACUGCGUCUGCGUCUGCGUCUACUCAUGCUACGCUUGCGUCUGCGGCGACAGCUGCGGCGGCGGCGGCGGCGGCGACGGCGACCACUGCGACGCUGUUAUACAUAAUAAUUCGUUGGUUUACUAUUACAAGGUUCUAUGU